CCGAGAAAUCAGCUUCCUUGACAGAUUUUAAUGACAGUGACAGUUUUUUAAUGUAAAUUGUGGUUUUGUAUUGUGUAUAUUUAUCUCAAUGACGUCGGGAAAGGACGCUAUGGGUGAACAACCUAUUUUUACGUGCAAGGCUCAUGUUUUCCACAUUGACCCCAAAACGAAAAGGUCAUGGAUGCCCGCUUCAAGUACCGCCGUUUCGGUAUCAUUUUUUUACGAUUCCUCUCGGGGACUUUACCGGAUCAUAAGCGUCGAGGGCCAAAAGGCCGUAAUCAACAGCACCGUAACGCCCAACAUGACCUUCACGAAAACGUCACAAAAAUUCGGCCAAUGGUCAGACGUCAGAGCAAACACCGUCUACGGACUAGGUUUCUCUUCUGAAGCUGAGUUACAAAAGUUUAUCGAUAAAUUUAACGAAGUAAAAGAGGCGACAAGAUCUGCAAUGAUAAAAGAAAACGCAAACGGAGGUUCUGCAGUUACGCCACUCACCAGUGCAAAUGCAAGCCCCAUUACAUCAAGGGCUGCCAAUGCAGGGCCGGAUCCUGUUGACAAUCUCUUGGAGCCACCAGUUGUACCAGUGAUGAAAGGUAGCGCACAAAUGUCGACGCCCAACCCGAAAUCCUUGGACGCCGAGGACAUCCCUCACCCCCGCAGCCACUCGGUUUCGGCCAUCCAGAGCAACGAGAGCCCCAGCCAUCAGGUGCUGAAGGCGGAAAAGGGCUCCUUCGGGGGCACCAACGCCAAUCCGGUCGACAUGCAGCUCAAGUACGAGAACGACAGACUCAAGCUGGCCCUCGCACAAAGUUCGGCCAACGCGAAAAAAUGGGAAAUAGAGCUGGCAACGUUGAAAAGCAACAAUGCCAGGUUGACGAGUGCCUUGCAGGAGAGCACGGCCAACGUGGACGAGUGGAAGAGACAGUUGGCAAGCCUGAAGGAGGAGAACAUGCGAAUGAAGGCGAAACAUCAGAUGGAUCUCGAAAAUAGCAAAGGGGGUGGGGAUAUUGGCGACGAGCUCCGCAAAGAAAUACAAUCACUUCGAAUCAGGGUAGAGCAACUAGAGACUGAAUUAGAAUCCAAAAACAUGGAAGUAAAGCAACUGACUUUGGCGCACAAAGCUUCGGACAUACAGGCUUUGCAGAAGGACAACCAGGAGCUGCAAACGCAAGCCAAACUGGCGCAGUCGGAGCUGGACGUCGCGCUCGGCGCCCACGAAUCCCAGAAGCAAGUCCUAUUGACUUUAAACUCGCAGCUGGCCUCGCGAAUCCACGAGCUGGCCACCAUUCACGACGAGAUCACCACGGCGCUGCAAACGUGAGUAUCCAGCAGAAAAGGAUAGCGACAUCAUCUGCACUUUUGACAGGUCGGUACCUCUCGCUGUUGUUAGCUUACUUACGCAUCUUAUAACCGGUAAUUUAUUACUUUUAUUGACAGUACGAUGUUUGUUCUCUGAAUGCGCACAAAAUCACCUGCUGUGACUUUAAUAGAACGAUCUCAUUUUAACAACGGUGACUUGUACGGUAUGAAGUGCAAUUUACUGACAAAUUUUUUCUUUGUUAUGAAUUUGUUUUUCGAUUAUCAAAUUUCGUGCCAUGACGUUUUUAAAAUGCUCAAUUAGGUUUUUUAAAUGGAGCUUUCGAAUCUGCACAAAUGUCCAAGUAAAUUAGAUUAUAGUACCCUACUCAAACUUUUGG